AUGUCCCCCUAUUUCAAGAUGGCCACGCCCGCUGUAAAGUUUCGCUGCUUGGCACCCACCGCCCGCAAAGCGGAGGCGACCGACCGUUGGCCUUGGUGCGCCUUCAGCAUCCAUAGAAACGGGAGCAUGCACACCGCCGGAUCACUGUCAUUCAAGGAUGUAGCUGUGGUUCUCACGUGGGAGGAGUGGCAGCUACUGGACCCUGUUCAGAAAAUCCUGUAUCAAGAUGUGAUGUUGGAAAAUUAUAGCAACCUAGUAUCAGUGGCACAAAGAUCCCGUACAUUUGACAUACUUGGGAAACAUUUGAAAUCUAACAUAGAGUACAUUAUUCAGAAUACAAGCUAUGCAAGAAAUGAAGUUGAAUUUAAUGGAUAUGAUGGCUAUGAUGAAAUAUUUCUUUAUGCUAAGCAUGAGAAAAUUCAUACUGGAGAAAAAUACAAUGAAUAUAAUAAGCACUUAAAGGUUUUCAGCCAUAAGCCACAGCUUAUUAAACACUGGAAAACUCAAACAGGAGAGAAACAGUGUAACUGCUGUGACUGUGGGAAAGUCUUUUCCCAGAAGUCAGACCUCAUUAAGCAUCAGCGAACACACACCGGAGAGAAACCCUAUGGUUGCAGCAGGUGUGAGAAAGCCUUCAGACGGAAAUCCCAUCUCAUUUUACACCAGAGAACCCGGAGAGAAAUGUAUGGAUGCAAUAAAUGUGGGAAAGCUAUUACUGAUAAGUCAUGCCUUAAUAAACAUCAGAGAACUCACACAGGAGAGAAACAGUUUGAAUGUUGUAUAUGUCAGAAAAGCUUCAGCGAUAAGUCACAACUCAUUGCACAUCAAAGGACUCAUACAGGAGAGAAGCCCUACAGAUGUGGUGAGUGUGAGAAAAGCUUCAGCAACAAGUCACAGCUCAUUAUUCAUCAGAGAUCUCACACGGGAGAGAAAUCCUAUGGCUGUGAUGAAUGUGGGAAAACAUUCCCCCUUAAGUUUAGCCUCAUUUUACAUAAAAAACUCACACAGGGGAAAAACCUUACAGGUGGAAAAGCCUUCAUCCAGAGAUCUGAGCUCAUUAGACAUCAGAGAACACACACAGGAGAGAAACCUUAUCAUUGCAGUGAAUGCGGAAAAGGCUUUAGUGUAAAGCCACUCCUCAGUACUCACUGGAGAACACAUACAGGAGAGAAACCCUACGGAUGCAGUGAAUGUGGAAAAACGUUCUCCAUCAAGUUUAGCCUCAUCCUACACCAAAGAACACAUACGGGUGAGAAACCUUAUGAAUGCAGUCAGUGUCAGAAAGCUUUCACCCAAAAGUCACACUUUACUAUUCAUCAGAGGUCUCACACCGGAGAGAAGCCUUAUGAAUGCAGUGAAUGCCACAAAGCCUCCAGCUGGAAAUCCUAUCUCCUUAUUCAUCAGAGAAUUCACUCGGGAGAGAAACCUUAUGAAUGCCUUCAGUGUGGGAAAACUUUCUCUCACAAGUUUAGCCUUAUUAUUCAUCAGAGAAUCCAUACAGGAGAGAAACCGUAUGGAUGCAGUGAAUGUCAGAAAUCUUUCGCCCAGAAGUCACAUCUUACUAUACAUCAGAGAACUCACACAGGAGUCACACCUUAUGGAUGCAGUCAGUGUUGGAAAACUUUCUCCCACAAAUUCAGCCUCAUUUUACAUCAGAAAACUCACAGGGGAGAGAAAUCAUGA